AUGGAGGCCUUGAGCAUGGUUAGUAGCGUGACCACUGUCGUCCAGAUCGCCAACGACAUCACCGGCGCGGUGAAGGCGGUGAGCCAGAACAAGGAGAGCUGCGAGAAGCUCGCCGAGCGCGUGGAAGGCAUCGGCGAGCUCCUCAAGGAGCUGGGCGACGGCUCCUCCCGUUCUUCCUCGCCGUCGACGGCGACGACGGCUGCCACGAGGAGUCUGGUGACCAGGCUGGAGAGGUCGCUCCGCCGCGCGCUGGUGCUCGUCCGCUCCUGUCAGGUCAUCAGCAGCCGCGUCUACGGCCUCGUCGCCGGCAGCUGGCAAACCGACCAGUUCGACGAGGUGAACGCCGAGAUCGACCGCUGCGUUCUCGACCUCAGCCUCGCCCUCAUCGCCGGCAUUGAUCGCAAUCGCAAGCUAAACGACCCCCACGCGGUGACGCCGCCGUCGCGAGCACAUGCCAGACGCCGCUGUCACCGCAGUGCACUCACGGUCGACAUGACGACGGCACAGGACGACGACGAGGAGCAGAUAGCCGCCGCUGCUUCUGCUAGAGACGACGGCGUUGGUGAAGACGAGAAGAAUGGCGCGCUCAUCUGCUACGGCGAGCAAGAUUGGGGUGGCCAUUGUCACUGCGCCGCCGCCGCCGCCAGCCACUACUCGCCGUCGUACCCGUGGUACACAGACAGCGUAGACAUUCGAUAUAUUUUCAGCGACGAGAACCCCAACUCCUGCUCCAUCAUGUGA